AGUAUGAGCCAUUGAAGCGGCAGUCUCGUCUGGCGCUUUCAACUCGAACGUUCUGUCAGUUCCGUCCACACACCAGAAACUAUCCAAAGUCAUGGCUUGUAUAAAUAAGGUUGUGAAAAUUCUCACGGUUUUGGCGAUCUGGUUCACAUUCUGCAGAGCGAACGGGUUGGAUGAAGGAGAAGCCGCCGGAUCGACAGACCCGAAAGAUCCCGUGCUGCUGAUGCCCAAUUUUUACGCUUUUGACGUCCUGGAAGAUGGCGAAGUGGAGCGACGUUUUUACUUGAACGGCAUCGCACUCAAAGAAACCAACGCAGUUUACACACUCAACGGAACCAAAGAGGGAGCGGUGCUUCGACAGUUGAGCGACGGCCGCCAUUUGAUCCAGCUCAUCUACGAUGCCGACCAGUCACUGCAGGACUGUGAAUACAUUACAGAUAUCGAAAUGGCAACCGGUUUUCAGGAAAAGCUGGCCGCCGAGUACCGACAAUUAUCGGCCAUCAGUCUAAACACCAGCAUUCGAAUCAUCGAGAGACGCUCGGAUCUACCGGAAGACCUUGCGCGGUUGGCGGUUUACCGCCGAAUGAAAAUCGAGUGCCGGCAGCUUCACUCUCGGAUGCGAAAGGCCGCCCGUCAAUCAGAAAAUCCCUCGACCGUCAGGAGAAGACGGGACGCCGACGACGAUCUCUACAUUAUUCCGCACACAAAGUGGUGCGGUAAGGGCAAUCGGGCCGACGGACCGUCGCACCUGGGCGGCUACGCAGCGGCGGACAGGUGCUGUCGCCAGCACGACAAUGAGUGCCCUCAGCACAUCGCGGCUUGGUCCGAGAAAUUCGGCCUUUACAAUAGUCGCCCUUACACGGCCAUGCAUUGCACUUGCGACGACAGAUUCCGCUCAUGCUUGAAACAAGCCAACACGGCCGCCUCUAACCUAGUGGGAAAACUUUUCUUCAACAUCAUUCAAAUCAAAUGUUUUGUGCUUAAACCAGAGAAAGUUUGCAAGAAGAGUUCCUGGUGGGGCAAGUGCACGCAGAACGAGUGGAAAAAGAAAGCUCAUCUUCGCGAUCCUAUUCCUUAUUGAAAUUCCAGUUUUUUUUUUCGUUACGUGUCUAACGAUUUUUCAUCGCCGAUAAUAAGCGGUCAAUUAAUUUUUUCCCCACAAGUGGAAAUAGAAACCAAUGUCGUUUUUCCUCUUCGACAGCAUCAUCCAUGCAAAGUCAUGCACACCUUUUUGUUUGUUUUUCUUUCAUAUUUUCUUUCUAUUCCUCACUAAAGUCGGCAACCACGGUUCCGAAUUCGUGUAGGCAUCCGUGACGACAUUAUCUUUGAUAUUAUCAUCGCAAAUUGAAGGACGUCUCGAAUUUCUGGGGGUCUAAGACUCCGCGUGUCGAAAGGUCUCAAUAUUUCAUACGUGUGUAUUAUUUACUUUUGUGUAAAUUGUCCGAACUCGCAUUCAUUCGUAUUAUACAGCUUAUGCACGUGUUUCUUUAUGAUGAAACCGAUUCUCCGUCUCCGAAAUUUCGUACGAAUUAUCUGAAUUGUGUUAUUCAAUUUUGCGCCUUGCCAAUUGCAUCUAACUAGAAGUGUUCUCCUAUUAUGGCCAAAUAGAAAAAUUACGUCGUGUUCGUGUAACUUUUAAACGCCAUUUAUUGUGACCGUUUUCGUGUCCUUAUUAUAUUUGGCAAAAAUAAAAUAUUGAUUU